AUGGAACUACUCAUUAGGCGAAAGCAUGGCCUGAUUUCUGAUGAAGAAUGGGAGCUGCUUUGUCGCUUGCCUUCGCACCUUGACGACUUCAAGCGGAACGGAACCUACGAGAAUAUCGAACUUAUGGCUAUGGGUGCCGGUCAGUUCUCGUUGUCGCAAAAUCUAUUCGACAAGGACUUUAUUGCAGCGAUGUAUGGUCGAGUAAUGUCAAAUGCUCUGACACUGAUCACACCUACAUUAGAUCCUCUAGGUAUCAUGAUCGACCCCACACUUUGCCAUAUGAAUCACUCCUGUAACCCGAACGCAUACAUCAUGAUGGAUGGCCCGCGAGUAAGCAUUCGUACACUCCGACCCAUCAAGAAAGACAAAGAAAUAUACAUUUCGUACAUUGAUGCUACGAAUCCCUACCACAGGCGACAAGAAGAGCUCCAAUCCCGCUGGUUCUUCACCUGCCGCUGCGCCCAAUGUCAGGAAAAGGCGACUCUCCAGGAAGACAACUGGCUGGUACCAUCAAGGCCUGGAUGGGUAUUGGGAGCCGAAGUCAAGUCUAUGGCAGAAACACAGGAAAAGCUGUUUGGUCUCUAUGCGGAACUCCAAGCAACGGAUAACCCCCUGCUUGUUAGAGGAGCGAUCAGGCAAGCACUUAAAAUAUGCCAUGAGGCGAUGUUUCUGCCGGUUUAUCGACAACCAUAUGCUGCACUUCGCGACGACUUGAUUGUAAACCUGCUAUCCGAGGGACGUUACCAGGACGCAUGGGUACAAUGUGCAAAGCGGUACAAGUACAUUCUUCCCAAACUCUACCCAGUCUCGUUCCACCCGGUCCGGGUAGUACAGACAUGGCAAAUGGCGAUGUUGGCCGCAUACCUAGCAAGUACUCAAGAGGGAGUAGGAUCACCGGAGGUAAACAUGGGUCUCAUUGCCAUGAUGCUGGUAAAGCAGGUGUUGAAUGUAACGCACCUGAGCCAUGGGCCGGCCAGUGCAUUCACAAAGAGUGUAAAAGCCAAAGCGGAAGAGAUGACAGAAGAACUCAAGAGGAGUAUUGGAAACGCGAACAGUGACGUCAUGAACAGGGAGCUUGAGGUUCAGAGAGACAGGCUGAUGGAGAUGGGGGAUUGGGCUCAGGACGGCCAGAUAGAGGAACGGGCGAAGAUUUUAACUCUACACGAGAAAGCCUUCAGUGUAUGUUGA